AUGGAGUCCUCAGCAGGGGACAGGGGUGCCCUUGAUCUUGGCGAGGAUUGGUCAACAGCCAUGGAAGCUUUGGGAGCCUCGGAGGCUGUCCUCCGCGCGCUCGGCGCCCACCGGCCGCGGAAGGCCCAGGGGCGGAAGCUGGAGUCUGUGUCCGGAGAAGUGCGCUUCGAGCAGGUGACCUUUGCUUACCCCGGGCGGCCUUCGAGGCAGGUCUUGAAGGACGUGUCCAUUCACUGCCGCGCAGGAGAGACGACUGCCUUGGUCGGGACCAGCGGUUCUGGGAAGAGCUCGCUCAUCAACCUCGUCCAGGGCUUCUACCACGUUCAGAGCGGCCAGGUCCUGGUGGACGGCGUGCCCCUGGAGGACCUGGACGCCCAGUGGCUGAGGGGUCAGCUCGGCAUCGUCGGCCAGGAGCCCCGCUUCUUCCGGGGCUCUGUGGCCGAGAACCUUGCUUGGGGACUGGGCGCGGCCAGACGUGAGGAUCUGGAAGAGGCUGCCCGGAGCGCGCACUGCCACGACUUCAUAUGCGGCUUGCCGAAUGGCUACGACACAGAAAUCGCGGACGGGAAGCUGCUGUCAGGAGGCCAGCGCCAGCGCCUGGCCAUUGCCCGAGCGCUGCUGCGCGAUCCCCCCAUGCUGAUCCUGGAUGAGCCAACAUCUGCGCUGGAUCCCUCCACCAGCAGGCAGGUGUCCAUGGCUCUGCGCGAGGCGCAGUGGUCGAAGCGCUUGGGCAGGCGGAGGACUGUGAUUGUCAUUGCCCACCGGCUCUCCACGGUAAAGGAUGCGGAGCAGAUCGUCGUUCUCGAGAACGGUGUGGUCGCAGAGAAGGGAACACACGAGGCAGGGGGUCCAAGCGUAUAUCAAUGUCACGAAACCUUUCAGCCAAUUCCGACAACGAUAGAAAAUCAAGGGGAAAUGAGGAGCUCGGCUGUGAGACGAAGCUUUUCGACCCAUGGGAAGCUUGGGGAACUUGCGUGUCGGCCAUGUCGAUUUUUGUUUACAAUCCUCGUACGCCGAAUGAGGCGUCCAAGACCAGCAAAGCCGGAGCACGCAGCGAUGGUGUCGUCAUGUACGGGCAAAAAGAGCCGCCACGCGCACGUCGCGCCUGAGCGGAGAGGCCGAGAGACAAGAAGCCCAAAUUCUUUUUGCGCAUCUUGUGUGCGCUCACGAAAGACGCUGGCAACGGGUUCUCGAUGUGUAGGGCUCCAGAAGUGCGGGAUCAUUCACCCUAAACUCUAA